UCCGUGAAAAGACAUCAGAACCUCCCUUCAGCAAUUCCGUCAGGUAAAAUCCGCUAUAAAAGCCCUCGAAAUCUGAAUUUCCCAAACCCUAGAUCUCUCAAAACGCCUUCCUAAUUCUCUGGAAAUAUAUUCACAUGAACAAAUUUUGGAUUCUGCGUUGUGAGAAUUUUCAAUUUGUUCUUCUAUAACCCUAGGAAAUGUUGGAACGAUUCGUUAUUAUAAUCCCAUAAGGAACUGAAUCCCCAAGCAACGAAAAUGGAGAAUCUGCAGUACGCCGAGGAGCUGGUGAGGGAAUUCCUCGUCUUCAGAGGAUUUACCAACACUUUGCAAGCUUUUGACUCCGAACUAUCGACGGAUAUCGGAAAAGCGUUUCAAGUAGACAAGAUCAUAGAUUUGAUUUUCUCGGUGUAUGUUCCUAAGUUUCAAGCCGAAAAGUUGUUGGUCGUUCUUCUGAAUUUCUUCAAGCGUUGUCUUUCUUCGUCGUCCGAGAGAGUAUUUAUCGACACUUUGUGUAAAUUGGAGGUUUCCAUUUUGCGGUACUACAUUGUUUAUGCUGUGCAAUCUGGGAGGAAGGACAAAGUUGUGGAGUUUUAUGGGAUGAAUGGGGAUGAGAUGAUGCAAAGGAACCAGGAUUGGACUCCAUGGUUUGCUAUUCCAUAUGUGAAGAAUCCGAGCUCGGAUCCCAAAUUUCGAACUUAUUUCUCAAGGGAAUGGUUUGAUGCCUUGCAUCUUUCUGUGAGGAAUUUCUUCAGUGCAAUCUUCAAUGGCACUCGCAUCCCUGCCCUAUUGAAGAUCAGUUCUGAGAAGAUUGCUGUCAACCGUCUAAAGAAAGACAUCAAGCAACUUAAUCUUAAGUUAUCUGAACUUCAGGCUUUGUUGGAGGAAAAGGAGGCUCAGUUAAGCCAGCUAAGGAGUAACGUUUCAUCAUUCACUGAUGCAAACAUUGAAAAAGCCCAGAGUUCAUUAGGUGUCGUGUAUGAGGAAAAUCUUCGUAUAUCCAAAGACACUCGGGAAAUCUGUUCUUCUGACACUCUGCAGGUCGGUGAAACCGAGCUAAACAGAGAAUGGGCUGUUGCUGCUUCAGUUGGAAAUCAAGUAGACAUUUCCAUGUCAAAGUCUGGUUACAGUUUAAGUUCUUCAUCAAGUCCAAGGGAUGGUGGCAUUUCUGAUAGCAGUCCACUGUUGGACAGCUCCCACGAUGAAAAUGGCAGGGAAAGCCAUGUAGAAGAAUUACAUGAAGUUAAAGUUGACUUUCAGGAGACAUUUCUGGGUCACACCAGUCCAAUCAGUCGUUGCCACUUUUCUGCCUCAGGGAACAACAUAGCCAGUGCUUCUGUGGAUGGCACUGUCAGAAUAUGGACAUAUGACUCAUCAACUUCAGCAUCUAGAAACGCAACCAUUUAUUGUGGAGCAGAGAUCAUGUCACUUGACUGGGAGUGUAAAUCUGACAGAUUGCUUCUCAUAGGCACUGCUGACGGAGGCAUUAAAGCAUGGAAUGUUGAUGCAAAGAGAGUUGUUUGUGAUCUCAACACAACUGAAGCAUUUCCGAGUGUUUUGGACAUAAAGUGCAGCCCCGUAGAACCAAUUUUUGUUUCUGCAGCAGCAUCCAGGGGGCGUGGCUCAUGGCGUUACACAGAUAAUUUGGGGUUUGCUUCAUUAACUGUGUGGAACAUGAAGACAUGGAAGCCUAUGACAGUCCUUCCUCUUGGUAAAGACCCACCUGCCAUCACUUCCCUAAGUUUCAAUCACAACGGAAAAAUUUUAGCAGCCGCAGCAACUGAUGGGAUGAUUCACAUGUUUGACAUGUCAGCGGGCCUUCAAAUUACUGGAUGGCCUGCACAUGAUUCUGCCAUAAGCUCAAUUCUUUUUGGGCCAGAUGAGACCAGCAUUUUCAGUUUGGGAACAGAUGGAAAGAUUUUGGAAUGGAGCUUGCAAAAUCAAGGUCGAGUCCUUUGGUCGAGAAAUUGCAGCAGGUUCUGUGACCCUGAGAGCUCAAAACAUUGCAGACACGAAAUGGCGUUAGAUGCUAAUGGGAAGAGGCUGUUGGUAACAUCUGGUUCAGUAAGAGCACCCAUAUAUCAGGUUCGAGGUAACAAUGGGUUGAAAACUCUUGCGCACACUGCUGCUAUAACUACGGUCGAUUGGCACCCGACCUUGCCCAUUUUCUUGACUGGAUCGGCUGAUAACUCUGUCCGAGUAACUUCUAUUUUAUAAAGGUUUGUCAUGUUAUAUAUCUGUCUUUGUUUAUGCCUCCUUGGUCUUCUUUGAGGUUUAAUGGGGCGGACGUGGACUUAAACUUGAGUUCGUUUCAACAAAAUUUCACUUUGUUAUGCCUUCA